AUGGACUUCCGAGUCCUGGAGACCUUGCAGGUUAUAUGUGCCUGUCCCAUUUGUUUGGAUUUCUUCCUAGACCCAGUGACCACUACUUGUGGGCACAACUUCUGUCACGCCUGCCUCAGUUUGUGGUGGAAUGAUGUAAAUGACAUUUUCCUCUGUCCUGUGUGCAAGACAUGCUUUCCACAGAGAAGCUUCAGCAGGAACUCCCAGUUCCGUGACCUGAGUGAAACCAUCAGGCUCCUGCAGGAGACACAGAGCAAGAGGAAGCAGCAGGAAGAACAAGCCCCAUGUCAGAAGCACAAUCAGCCUCUGGUCUUAUUCUGUGUGAAGGAUCUAGAAGUCUUAUGUGCCCAGUGUAGCUUCUCUGUGGAACACCAGGACCAUUACACCUGCCCCAUUGAGAAGGCUGCCGUGUAUCACAGGAGAAUACUAAACAUGGUCACUGAGCUUCUGAUGAUCCAAGUGAAAGAAAGUGAGGAUGUGGUAGCUCGGCAGGACAGAAUCCUUCUUAUAUGGAGGAGGACGUUUGAAUAUAAAAAACAACAGAUAAGUUAUGAAUUUAGGCAAAUCAAGCUGUUUCUGCAGAAUGAGCUGGAGGCACUUCUAAACGAGAUCCACAUUGAGGAGCUGGUGGGUUUAUCAAAACUCAAUGAAUAUGUUCAAGCCCUGUCAGACCGUAUUUCCACAUUAAAUGAUCUGUUGAGGGAAGCAGAGGCCAACCACGUAGAGUCAGAUCUCACACUUUUGACAACAGUUCCCAGAGCCUACCACAGGUUGGAAAACCUUACAUGUCCCAAACCCUUGUCAUCUGGGGCAAAGCAACAUGGCCUCAGCCUCCCAGCACAGUAUUCUGGCUUGGAUAAGAUCAUCAAGCAAUUUAAAAUAAAUGUGACUUUUGAUCUUGACACAGCACACCCUCAGCUUGUUAUUUCUGAGGAUAGAAAAUCUGUGGUUUAUAAAGAAAGAGGACAAAGUGUUCAAGCUAGUGCUGAGAGAUUUGACUUCUUGCCUGAUGUCCUGGGGUGUAAUGGAUUUCAUUCAGGUUGACGGUUCUGGGUGGAGACAGGAGGAUCCAAACUUGAAGACUCUCCUCAGACACAUAGCCGGUUCCAGGCCAUCCUAGAAUAA